AUGUUCGGUGAGUUGAAGCUGUCUAAUCGGGCUCAGCGGUGUUUUGGGAGUCUUAAUUAUUUUGUGCACGAUUUGGAAGCGGCAUCAGGCGCUUGUUUGUCGGGAAAGAGUUUGAUUACUUUUAUGUUUGAGGAUGCCGCGUUGGAUGGAAUUUUUUUACCGCCGUCGUCAUUAGUGUCGAGUGUGGUGAAGUGUGCUAAAUCGAACUUAUGCAACGGAUACAGCUAUUGCUUUGGGUUUGAUGAGACUCGCGAGGCCAUUGGAAAGUAUUGGAAGAUGAACUUUGCGCAUUCAAUCAAGGUGCAGAUCACUGGUGAUCAUGUUGUUGUUGCGUCGGGCUCCUCCGAUGCGUUAUCCAUGUGUUUCGGAUCCUUGUGCAGCUACGGUGAUAAUAUUUUGUUGCCGUUUCCUUCUUCUCAACAUUACACUACCAGUUGUUUUUACUACGGUAUUGAACCGCGUUUUUAUUGUUGCAAUCACGAGAAGGAUUGUGAGAUUGACUUUGAUCAUUUGCGAAGCCUUGUUGAUGGUAAGACGAAGGCGAUUUUGGUGAACAAUCCCUCUAACCCUUCUGGCAGUAACUUUUCGCGGCAACACAUUGCGGAGCUUAUCCGUGUGUGUGAGGAACUGCGUCUCCCGCUGAUUUCGGAUGAGGUCUACGCGGGACUGGUGUUUUCCGGUGAAGCGUUUACCUCCGUGGCGGCAUUUGACACACACGUGCCCCGAUUUGUUGUCAGUGGGCUCUCGAUGCGGUUCAAUGUUCCGGGUUAUCGUUUUGGGUGGGUGAUUGUAUUGGAUCGUGACGGUUAUGGUGCCAAACUACAGGCAGCGGUGCGCUGUCUGGCAACCCGUUCUUUGAUGCCUAACUCAGUUUUGCAACAUGCAGUCGUGAAGGCCCUUGAGGAAACGCCACAGAGUUACUUUGAUGACUGCGCGAGACGUCUAGAGGAGGGGGCCAUGGCGCUUUACAACGGUUUGUGCGGGCAUCCUGGUUUAAAGCCGGUACGGCCGCGUGGAUCGUUGUUUAUUUUUAUUGUUCUCGUCUUUGGGGAAUUGGACAGCAGUAUUCAGUCGGACGUUGAGUUUGCCAAGAAACUUGCGGAGGAGGAAAAUGUGCAUGUACUUCCAGGAGAGUAUUUUAAUAUGCCUGGGGCUCUGCGGAUUACAGUCUCGAGACCCUUGCCGAUAAUAAAGGAUGCUGUGGGCCGUAUUGGAUCGUUCUGUGAGAGACACCGACGAGGCUAA